CCGCGGGCCGCGGGCAGGGCCAGCGCGGGCCCCUCCCGGAGCGCGGGCACGGCUUUGCGGCCCCGGCGCAGGUACUCUUCAUCACUAUGAGCUUGUUUCAUACAGGGACCUUAGCCCACUUGGUCAGUGGAUAUUAGAUCUUCCCUGUGAAGACAAAUUGAGUUGGUUACUUCCUACCACUAUGGGUUGGAGUUGGUGACUGUGUUUGCCCAUCAGGUCUAAGUUAAUGGUGUGCCAAGGACAGACGUGAAGCAGGUCUUUAGCUCCAUAUUGAUGUGGUAUCUUCUUAACACAUCGCAAGGCCCUGAGCCCACAGCAGCACAGGAUAUGGAGGCUCUUGAAGUGGAUGACAUUAGCCCUGCCUUGGAAGUGACUGAAGACUUUUUCAAUAGUUUUGAUACUAAACUUGACAAGAUUGUGCAGCCCUCUGAGGUGUAUGGUGUACAGGAGGUCCCUGAGCUGGUUGGGCAUGAGGUAUUUGAUCAGAUAACGGGAAGCAGGAACCUGAGGAACGUCGCCUCCUUAGCCAAAGGUAGCCUUAUCUGGGAUCACUGCAAAAAUGGCCUCUUGGAAACCAAAGCUCAGACAGCUUUCCCUGCCAAAGACCAGCACAUGGUGCAGAGGGGAACAGCUGCUGCCAACCUCGCUUGGGCAGGGGAAGGGGAGACCACAGCUUUUAAUAUCUUCAAAAUCUGCCAGCGGCGGAGAGACAGGCCUCGCUCAGUGAAUGACAUCCUGGUGCAGAGUGAGGAAGCCUCCAUGUUCAAACCAGGCCACAACAGGUCACGCUCUGAUAUCAGCCAUGUGAACUGGAGAGUGGUCUUCACGGGCACUUCCCUGCAGCAGCCACCUGCACCUGGGCAGGACAAUAACUGUGCUCUGCUUUCCUACCUGGCAUUAACCAAGGGAGAGGACAUCCAAGGAAACACAGAACACAAGACGGUGUUCCCAAAUCUUCUGAAGAAGGGAUACUUGGAAGUUCGAAGAGACAAUGACAGCUACUGGCAAACCUGUUACGCUGAGCUCUCCCAGUACAAACUGUACCUGUAUUGCCUGGACAGCAGUGGCAACCAGACUCUUCCCACCGUGUAUCCACUCCUGCGUUUUCAAAGGGUCGCUGUUACUGGUGGUGUUGAAACCAAGGUGGUGGACACUGUCCUGUCAGACAGCUCACAGCUACAGCUGAAGGCAGAGUCCUCCUGGGAGACUUUGGACUGGGGACAGAAACUUUGGGAAGCGGUACGUGCUUCUGUCCCUGCUUUUACAAGACAGCAGGAGAAACUGGAGAAUGUGCCAAAACCUGAAAAUAACAGUGACCUUUCUCAAACUAAUGGAUUAUUAGAGAAGCCUAUGGAGCUCUUCCUAUCCAUGAAUUUGACUGAAAACACUAAAGACUACCAAAAUAUUCUGAAAUCAGGGACUCUCUACAGGUUAACUGUCCAGAAUAACUGGAAGGCAUUUACUUUUGUCUUGAACAGGUCUUAUCUCUUGGCAUUCCAGCCUGGUAGGCUUGAUGAAGAUCCCCUGCUGAGCUACAAUGUCGAUGUGUGCCUGUCAGUCCAGACAGAUACUCAGGAUGGCUGUGACUCUUGCUUUCAGGUCAUUUUUCCCCAGGAUGUGCUGCGCCUGCGCGCAGAGACCCGUCAGAGGGCCCAGGAGUGGAUGGAGGCGCUGAAAGCAGCAGCCAAUGCUACUCGAAGUUUAACUCAAAACCCACAGGUCACGCUUAGGAACAAACCUGGAGAUCGGCCCUUUGGAAAUGAUCUUAGGAAGACCAAGCGCCAGUCUGUGACCACCAGCUUCCUGAGCAUCCUGACCACACUGUCUCUAGAGAGAGGGCUCACUGUUCAGAGCUUCAAGUGUGCAGGCUGUCAGCGCUCCAUAGGUUUGUCCAAUGGGAAAGCCAAGGUGUGCAGCUACAGUGGAUGGUAUUACUGCAGCACCUGCCAUGUGGAUGACAGCUUCCUCAUCCCUGCAAGGCUGGUUCAUAACUGGGACACUUCCAAAUACAAGGUAUCAAAGCAAGCCAAAGAGUUCCUGGAAUAUGUUUAUGAGGAGCCAUUAAUUGAUAUCCAGCAGGAAAAUCCCAUGUUGUACAAUCAUGUUGAACCCCUGGCAACUGUUGUCCGCCUGAGACAGCAGCUAAAAUCUCUGCGGGCCUACUUGUUCAGCUGCAGAGCAGCAGUGGCUGAAGAUCUGCGGAGAAGGAUCUUUCCCAGAGAGUAUCUUCUACAGCAAAUCCAUCUUUAUUCUCUGGCAGACCUUCAGCAGGUUAUUGAAGGAAAGCUGGCUCCUUUCUUGGGGAAGGUGAUCAAGUUUGCCUCCUCUCAUGUGUACAGCUGCAGCCUUUGUAGCCAAAAGGGUUUCAUCUGUGAGAUUUGCAACAAUGGAGAAAUCCUUUACCCCUUUGAGGACAUUUCUACAAGCAGGUGUGAAAGCUGUGGUGCUGUCUUCCAUUCUGAGUGCAAAGUGAAGGCUGUACCAUGCCCCAGGUGUGUGCGUAAGGAAUUGCAGAAGAAGCAGAAAUCCUUCUGGAGACAACUGAAUAUGGACGAGAACUUCGAAGAGUCUUGCAACAUGUUUGAGUUGUCAUAUCAGAACACAUGAGUUCCUUAAGGCAGUGGCCAGCCUGAAGAGAAUCCCUCUCCCAGCUGUCAGCUCAAGCAAAUUCUCAGCUUAGACAGGCAGAAAUUGUUUUGAAAAAUAUUACCUGACCAUGUGUGAAUAAGAGCUGCCAAAGUGGCCGUAAAGCCUUGUUGGCUUUGAAAUGCCAGUGGCUAAACUGCAUUGAAGUCCAGCUGUUAUCUCUCACAUAAAAUGUGGUUUACGAGAAAUGCUUUAGGUCUAGCUAAUUAAGUACCCAACUUUCUUUUCCAGCUCUGGAGAAGACUUUAUCUCAAGGCAGAAGAUAUUUGCUACCAUGACUGCAUUCUUUUUUGUUGUUGUUGUUGCUCAUUUAGAAUUGAUGAAUCUUCUACUUAUUUAUGUGUCUUAUUUAUUUAUUAGUAGCCUUGGCAGGGGUUCUGGUGAGGUGUUUCACCCACCCAAUAGAGCAGGAAUUAUUUUAAAUCCACUAUCUCCUCCUGAUAUGGACGUGUGGUUCCAUUUCCUCAUGUUUUCAGAGAGUUAUCUUAAAGGAUCAGUGCAUUAACAUUUUAAAGGAUCUCCUUGCCAAGGAAAGAAAAGGAUCUCCCAUUAAACCUUAUUUGGGGUGCUUACAAACUUAAGAUGCUGAAUAAUUCCUUCAGUUAUGUUUAUAUAUUUAUAACCACCCCAGCGAACUACUCCAUAUUCAGAUAAGCAUGGAACUUGCUACUCUUUUUGUUCAGGCGGGGAAUAUCAGUUAAGCUCUGUCACUGAGAUUUGUGCUGGUUACUCUCAAUUUAUGGGAGGCUGUGGUCUUGUCUGUAAUAACAUGAUGCUGGUUCUCCUCCUUCCAGUCUGAAACUUAAGGGCAUUUUAAGUGUUCACAUUGGUUUUCUUUUUAUUUCAUGAAGUUUACUUCAAAUGUUUUUCUAAUCUGAACCUGUUAAACUGAUAGUCCGGAAAGUGGUCUUGCCCAUUUUGGUUAGCAAAUACCUCCAAAAUUGUGAAACACUAGUUUGCUGUUUCCAUAUACAACUUGUGUCCUGCAUUCUCUUUGAGCUCCAAGGCAUUUAUAGUUCUGUAUUGACUUCCAUGGUGGACAGUGAAGUUCCUCGAGAUAUGAUUCUGCUCCACACACCUGGAACACAGGGAAGUAUUUAACACAGUAAACUAUUCUGUAAAGGGAAGUACAUGAUGGAUUUACCUGGGGAGGCAUGUGUCAUUACUGGCAGUAUGUUUAAUUCAUGGGGAGUUCAUCUCCAAUGAGCAGCUAGAUUGUCGUCCCCCCAUUUCACAUUCCUGACUCUUUUCCACACCCUGCAGUGAUAUGUGUAUUACAUACCUAUGAAAGCAUUCAUGUAUAUGCACACACAUAUCUAUAUACAGAAAGCAAAUACGGUUUCAGGAGAAUAAUGCCAGUUGCAUGUGUAUUUUUCCUCUUCUCUCACAUAGGUUUGUGAAAAUACGGAACACUGAUUUUUGCUUCCAGUAUAAUCUACAGACUGUUGUAAGGCAGAAAGCAGUUUUGAUUGUUGAAACAUCUCACUAAUUGCUGAAGUAUUUUAGAUAAAAGAACAGGGUACAUCAUGCUUCCAUUAAAAGGUAAAAUGUUACAAUGGGUUGCCUUGUACUGGAAUAUAAGUGGUUACCUUUCCCAGCCUCCAGUCAAAGAAAAAGUAGCUUUCUCAAAUUUGAGUGCAACUACUAUAUAUAUAUAAGCAUGUUUAUAUCUGUAUACAUUAGACAACCAGUGCCUUUUUUUCCCCAAAAUCCUUCUUUCAUUUGGAUUCUUUAGAAGGAAGUGAGGGUUUUUCCAUAUUCUUGGCAAAGUGCUGUAGGGAUUCCCAUACUUAAUAAACCUGGUGAAUCAUGCACCUUUGUCACUGAAAUUAAUACUUCCCAUACACAAUGGUGUCUCUGUCUCAGCUCACUGUUCCUCAUGUGAAAUGAGUUGCUUUUGGCUAUCACUCUUAAAGGUAUAAUGUUCCUUGCAAAUCCAUUCCCAUGCAAAGAAUUCCCUCUGUGUUCAGAAAUGCAAACACUGGGGAAGUAUUGUGGAAUUAGUCAGGCAAACAGGAACUGCACUGGUACUGGCUGAAUAAACAAAACGCUCCCAUGUUUUUCAGCUUGUGUCACUACAAUUACUCCUGUGGCAAAGCCAGUAGCUCUGAAACUGUCAGCAUCUGGCAGGUACUAUUUUGAAUUAUCUGUAGACAUAAUGUAAGGUCAUUAAAGAAAAAAUGGUGGUGUUUUUGAUAUUAUCAUGCUCUGGUAUUUAUGAUACCUCACAGUGCUGGUUCAUGUCCAGCUCAGUUUAGAGAAGGCUGCUUGAGUACACUGUCAAAAACCAACAGAGUCAAGGAUUCAAGGUCCAUAUUAGUUACUUUGACAGGUGUCCUAUCUCCAAAGUACCAGUCAUGUGGGUGGUUAGAUAUUGGAAUUUAAUUCUAGAAUAACAAUAUAGACAGCAUUGGAGUUGCACUGGGUUUGUAGAGGUAUUACAGUACAGUUUCUUUGCUAACAGAGAUUUAAAGGAUAAAAAGAGUAUGAAGUUGGCAAAACUGCUGAAAUUAGUCAUGGAUCUGAAACCACUGCCAUUACCAAUGACAUAGAGCAAGAGCAUGUUAUGAUAUCCUGUCAGUGCCCAGAGCUUUAUAUAAAAAGGUACUGUACAAUGCCAAUCAUGUUAUUUACUUUAAAAUACAGUGUUGUUGUAAACCAUCUAGUUCCUAAAAUGAAUAGACAUUCAUUUCUACUUUGGAAAAGUGAUACAGCUUCACAGUAGCUCUAGGAGCAGGCUGUAAUGUGAAAGAUGAUGUCCUCUCAGGGAUGCCUAGCUCCUAUCCAAAAGUAGUUAUUCCUUAUGAAUGGGUAAGAUAAAGUAUUCUGUAAGCAUAAUGAAAGGCUUAAUCCUGCCCUCAGUCGAUUUUCUUGCAGGAGCCAUCUGCAAGCAGGAGCCUCAGCCUGGGAUUCUGCAGGUGGUUUGGGUUUCAGACAGCACUGUACCCUUGCAUGGCUGUCUCUGCUGUACUAACAGUGCUCUGUGCUGGUCCCCACUGCUACUCUCUGCCUGUUCUGCAGCCCACAGCCUACACAUGGCUCUGCUCUGCAAACUUCUCAAUGAGCAUCAGCUGGUAAAGUUCCUGGGAGCUUUGCAGAUUGCAUGACUCUGCCUGCACCCUCCCUCCACCCCAGGUGAAAUUAUGGUACUUCAGUUUUGCCCUACCCAUGCAAGAAAUGAAUUUGAACGAUGCCAUUUCAUUGUGAAUCAAGAAUAAAAUCUGCUAUUUGUUGUCUUCAAAGAGAAGAUGCUUUCAUAGCUGAUGGAGAAGGAAUUGAUCUGUAAUCCAGUUACUGCUUUUGCUUUGUGCAGAACUUGUUAUCAGUGUAAAAAUAGGAUGCUUAACUGCAGUGGACCAUAGCUUCACUCUCUGCAGGCACUUCUAGUUGUUACUCUUAUUAUUUUAAUCUAGGACACUAUUGAGAUCCUUAUUUCUCUUUUCCUCUUUACCCUAACCAUCUGACUUUAAUGGGAAGAUGGACCUACCUAGGGAAUGCAAACUGCUGCUCUUUUUGUAUUAUCAAUCUAUGAAAAGAGAAAUUUAUAUUUCUUGUGUAGGAAUCCUCCUAUUGCUUUUCUUGGGUUUUUUUGUCUGUCUUACAUGGUGGAAAAUGAUGGGUUGGUGAUGUGACAAAAUAUCCCGGCUGGCACGUACCAAUAUGAGCUCACUGCUGGGAUCGAUAGGAAUUGGCAGGUGUGAGGGAAGACACUUUUUCAUGAGGAAUUUAAGUUUUUCACAGUACUCCACAGGCUCUGAUGGCCCUGUUAGAAGUGAAUUAUCAGGAUAUCCCUAGAGCUCCUCUUGUCAAGGCUUCUUUUAUUAUUAGGAUAGUGUGUGUAUUAUAAGGGAUUCAUGAUAAUGUUUUGAAAGGUUUUUAAAAAGAAUAGAGAAUGUCUGUUUACAAUGAAAUAGGGAAUCUGCCCAGUUGAAUUUUGCUUUUUCUCUGUAGCAACAGAAGCCACUGAGUUUCCUAGGCUUCCCAAGUCACUGCCUGGAUUGCAGCUGACUGUUGAUCUGUAUAAAAGAAAUUAAUGGAAUAAUCAUCAUAAUCUUCUAAUUUUUUUUUUUGCUGCCGCUCAGUUGCCAGCCAGUCUCCCCUCUCUCUCCACUGUCUUGUCCAUGUCCUUACUCACAGUACUGAGCCUAUAGCCAGACUUGGAGCUUCAUAGCUCAUUGUGUUGCUUUUGAACCAGUUGAGUCCAAUAAUUCUCUCCUGUAUAAUUUGCCUUCCAAUUUUCCCUUCCCAGUAGGAGUGCCUUACAUUACUGUAUAUUAGCGUCUCUCUUCCUGUUUUGGAUUUCCUGAUUGCAUCUGCUGUU